GGAUAUCAGGAGCUCUCAAGGGCAUUUUGUCUGGUAUCUGGUGGAAAAACAACAAAUCACGGUUGAUGCCAAAGAAUUAGGUUCGGAGACAAUGGCAUUCAUCACCGUGACUGCCAUAUGACUAUCUCUGCCCGGGCCCGUACCUUCCGGAAAGCAAACAGUCUCGCUGCAACUCUACCUUCUUGCCAUUCUAUUCCCAAUUCCCUUUAUACUCCCAGAAAAUCUCAUCUAAAGCCCAGCUAUCGUUACUCCUCACGUCCUUGAAUUCUUCAGUCCUGAACAAGACCAACACAAUGGUAUCGGAGCCACUCCGUAUCGGUGUCCUCCUCGUCAAUUGCGUUCAAUUGCUGGAUCUGGCUGCCUUAGACUUGCUCUACAUGGCUAGCCCCGAGUGGCUUGAAGAUGUUGGAAUGCCAAAGCAUUUUGCUGACCUUGGUCGCCCAUGCGAGAUCCGCUACAUCACUCGCGAUGGCCCGGACACGAUGGCCUCCGUCACAUCAGAACUUUCCAUCCGAGUCAACAGCUCAAUGAAGGACUCGGUCGUUGCACCCGGCAACUUGGACAUCCUGUUCUUGCCAGGUCCUUCUCCCCGGGUGAUGCCACCCGCGGAAGAGUAUCUGGACUUCAUUCGGAGGCACGAUGCAACGGGGACAACAAUCAUGACCAUUUGCACUGGCUCAUUGGUCGCUGCACACGCAGGCAUCACCAAGGGCAAGAUCAGUACCUCACCUCGGUUCCUAAUUCCAUAUCUUAGAAAGGCCUUCCCUGAUACCAAACUCUGGGAUGACACCCUGCGGGUUACACGCGAUGGAAACCUUUGGAUGUGCGGUGGUAUUACCAAUGGUCAUGACUUGGUGGCUGAGUAUCUUCGAGAAAACUAUCCCGCUCCACUCGUCAAUACAGUCCUCGGUGCGGCAGAUGUUGCUCCACGGCCCCUUCAAUAUCAGACCACGGCGACUCGUGACUCAGCUUUCUUUGUGUGGCAGAUCAUCAGGGCGAUUCCCAGUUCGAUUUUGCGGAUGCUUACUGCUCAUUGAAAUGUGCGUCUCCAUGGCCAGGGAAGAGCUGUUGAGUGCUGUUAAUUAUUUUGGUGGGAAUUUCGGCACGAUGUGGCACCGAUCGAUUGCCUUACUCUAUUAGAAGCCGAUCAGCAAUUCUCUUGCUGACGAUCCAACCGGGCCAAAGUGUCGUCUAUGAACAAGCAAUCUCUUGCUGAGUGGGUACUGUAUCUCUUUCAACGCUAGCGGGGGGCUGAAAAGAAUGUAGCACUGCUAGGCAAUGACCAA